AUGUCAGCCUCAAGCAGAGGAGGGCAAGCCAUUCAAGGCGCGUUCCUAGCUGCUCCCAAGAUGUGCACACGGUGCGCAACGAGCUAUGCCACCAGGAUAUCAAGCCGUUUCUACUCUACACCCACUGCCGCCGCCGCAGCGGCAGUGUCGGCAUCAUCAGGCCUCGAAGCGUCCGCGAUUGCCAGCGCGCCACCGCCUCCCGAGCCCGCACGUCGCUCCGCGCCGCCGUACGACGUGCGGUCGGGAAUCAUCGUCACGCGGCCGCCGCUGCUGACGCGGCGGCUGCACCCGUUCGAGAACGCCUUCUUCUUCUACCAGAAGCGGCUGGAGGAGCGGCUCAACUCGCACUUCAUCACGAGCAUCUACUUCAAGCCCGACACGGCACGGCGGCUCGACUGGAACCUCAAGGUGCGCGAGCGCAGGGGCACCGUCGCCAAGGAGCUGGGCACGUACCACGGCAAGAGCUCCAAGGCGUGGGACGACGAGCUUGCCGUGGGCGACGAGCUCAGCACCCAGGAGAGCCUGCUCAACAGCCUGCUCAAGGACGCCGAGACCAGGGUGAGCGAUGAUGCCGAGAUCAUUGCGCCGGCCGAUGUUGUCCCCGUCGAGCGCCCGAUGGAGAGGGAGACGGAGGCGGAUAAGAAGGGCGAUGUUAGGAGAUUGGACAGGAAGCUGGAUAGGACGCUGCAUCUCGUCGUCAAGGGCAAGGAUGGCUGGGGCUUCCCUGCCGACGUCAUGUCCGAGGACGAGAACUUGCACAAGACCGCGCAGAGGGUUCUGGACCAAGCCGCCGGCGUCAACAUGAACACCUGGAUCGUCGGCCGCGUGCCCGUCGCCCACGUCGUCACGCACCCCGUCCUCAACGCCGACGGAAGCGUCCAGACAAGGGGCUGCAAGACGUUUUUCCUCAAGGCCCGCAUCAUGGCCGGCCAGGCAAACAUCGACGGCAACCCGCUGGGCUACACCGACUUCCAGUGGCUGACCACGGAGGAGCUCGAGGAGGAGUUGGCGCCGCGGUACCUCCGCGGUGUGCGCAACAUGAUGUCCAUCAGGUGA